UGAAACGCAUCUGAAAGAGGAGAGCCUCAGCUGCACUGUGGCAUUUUUGAUUGACUGGUUGUUGGAGAAGAGAAGCUGAGCAGUGAGGAAGUAUGAAUACUGAUAUAACGGCCUCGGUGAAGCCGGAGUACCCGGUGAUAGAUCGGAAUCCACCGUUCACGAAGACGGUGGCGAAUUUCAACACACUAGACUACCUCCGCCUCACCACCAUCACCGGCGUUUCAGUCGUCGUCGGAUACCUAUCCGGGAUUAAGCCCGGGAUUAGGGGGCCGUCGAUGGUGACGGGUGGUCUGAUUGGGGUGAUGGGAGGUUUCAUGUACGCAUACCAGAAUUCUGCCGGCAGGCUCAUGGGUUUUUUCCCCAAUGAAGGCGAGGUUGCCAAGUACAAGAAGUAAUUCUUCCUAGGGUUUCUUCUGCCUCUUUCCCGGGCCUGCUAGUGAUGCUCUUUCCCCUUUGUAUUUUGGUAGAACUGCUGAUAAGAAUGAAAAUUCUCCUUGCUGAUGAUGUUUUGGGUUUCUGUAGGAAGAAUUUGACCAAGUUAUAUUCUAUUCUCAAUAAUUGAGAGGUGGUUACUGGAACUCGAAAUCACUUGUAUUGCGAUUGCUGCUUGUUGAAUUUAACUUGCAUUUGAAAUA